UCCUGAGGACAAAAUUCGCACAACACGCUGUUUGCACCAGUUAUUUCGAAUCUCUGCCAUGACUGAAACACUUGAUCUCGAAGCAUACACUGUUCUACUGCUCUGUCCCCUCGAGGUGGAAGCGCAAGCCGCCGAGUUGAUGCUGGAUGGCUACCACGAAGGAGUGCACGAGCGAGCUCCGGGGCAAAACACAAUAUACAGCUUAGGCAGUAUCGGGUGCCACAACGUGGCCAUCGCUAGUUAUCCCGUCGGCGAGGUCGGUAUCGGAGUAUCUGGAAGCAUGGCUGCGGAGGCCUUGCGCGAUUUUCCCAACCUCGAAAUAGGCUUCCUUAUUGGCAUUGCCGCGGGAAUACCUUCUUCUACCAAAGAUAUUCGGCUGGGUGACGUCGCUGUGGCCAUUCCAACUGGCGACAAUGCAGGUGUCAUCGGAUAUGACCUUGUAAAAGUCGAAGAUGAGCGUAUACAGUUGAAACAAUGGCAGAAUUCCACAGCUUCCCUACUUCGAGCUCUUAUACGCCGAAUGCAAGUUAGCUCAACACGUCCGACUGGUAACUUCAAACGACACCUCGAAGUUCUAGAGAGAGCAGCGGCAUUCGAUAGACCACACCCCCCAGCACCGAGCAGCGAGUGGCCUUCCCAUAAACCGCAGCGGAAGCCGGAAGACGGCCCACAGGUCCAUUAUGGGACUAUACUUUCCGGAAAUGGGGUGAUCAAAUCUAAAGCUAUAAGAGACAUGCUGAGGGACCAACACGGGGGAAUAGCUAUCGAGAUGGAAGCUGCCGGAAUGAUGACAAGAUUACCAGUAGCUGUUGUUCGUGGUAUCAGCGACUUUGCUGAUGCUAGCAAGAAUGAUGAAUGGCAACCAUAUGCGGCUCUAACCGCGGCUGCAUAUGCAAAGGAGAUGUUGCUCAAGUUAGGCCCACUGCGCAAGGCUAAUGCGCCUGUAUCGGAAAUCGAAUCGGUCAUCUCGCCCGAUAUUCAUGAGCGCUUGAGUCUAGCCCUUCCCGAGGACUGCCGUUUUGUGGGGAGAACUAAGGAACUCGAGCAACUCAAUUCUUGGCUCGAAGCCAGCCAAGUAAACAAGACUCAAAGAUCCAUCGUAGCACUCUGGGGUCUCAGUGGUGCCGGAAAAUCCCAACUAGUGUCCAAAUUUGUAAAGGAGCAGUGUCUCCAGCAUCCGGACAUGGAGGUUUUUUGGGUACCCAGUAACAGCAUUGAAUCAUUCGAACAGGGAAUUUUCAGUUUAUUGAAAGUACACACUAGCCCAUCUUCCACGGAGAAACAUGAAGGUCAUCAUGAGAAACGGAAGCGACUGGUUUCUACUUUCUUCGCCGAACUUAGAAGUACGUCUCGUCCAAGAUGGCUUCUCGUUAUUGAUGCACUUUCGAAUGUUCAGUCGCAUCGUGACCAAAUUAUAAGCCACAUCAAAACGCUACCGUUCGGAUCUUUCAUUGUUACCACUACGAGCAAAGAGUUGGCAGAUGCAUAUUCUCACCAAUUAGAGAUUAAGGGAUUGCCUGAAGAGCACGCUAUGGAGUUGCUUCGUAUGGAGAUCUCUCAAAGUUUCAGACAAGAAAAAGACAUUCUGGAGUUAGCAAAGAUGCUCAAAGGACUUCCACUGGCUUUAAGACUAGCCACAUCAAUUCUAUCGCGCUAUCCCCAACCUGUGUCUCAGUACGUAAAAAGAUGGAAUUCGAGAGAGCUGGAAUAUGGCAAUCUACCAGCGCACACUACUAUCACGCAGGCAUUAGAAGUCAGUUUUGGCGAAUUGGAGAACACCAAUCCUUUAGCAGCUCGACUUUUGACCCUUUUCAGUUUUUUGGACCAUCGCGAUAUGUGGUAUGAUCUUGUCAGAGAAGCAAAAGAUAGCGACUUUCCCGACUGGUGCCGAGAACUGGCAAUGAUAGAGCGCUUUCGCGAGUGUGUGAUUUUGCUAUGCGAUCUCUCAUUCAUUGAGGCUAAACUCGAUGGCCAAAAUGAAUGUAUUUAUGAGAUCCACCCUGCAAUACAGGACUUCGCAAGAUGGAAAGCAACAGACGAGGAAGGGAUUUAUGUACGGUGCGCAAUAUCCAUGGUGGCAAACAAAGUACCCAGAUCUUCAGAUCACCACGUGUUGCAGAUAGCGCAAAGAUUGCAACCGCAUGUCGAUCAAUGCAUGAUACACUUAAAACAGGAUAGAGCAGGUUCGAGCCUAGAUCUAGUGGAACUGGAGAAGUUUGGCAACCUGUUCCGCAUCUUGGGACGUUAUCAAGAAGCUACGUCUUUGUACAACAUGAUCUCGCAUCACCUCAAAGAUGAUAAAGAUUCAGAAUCGACCAUGGCUACCAUCGAAAAUAAUCUGGGUCUUAUCUAUCAUGCUCAGCAGCGAUAUCGUCUCGCCCUGGAGUCUUUCCGAGAGUCCUCGAAAUGGAUGUUCCAGCUUCAGGGAGAAACAAACGACGCAUUCAUGAGUACACUGUAUAAUCAAGGUCGAAGUCUGAUUAUGCUUUCAAAUUUGGAAGCAGGCCAGGAGUGUCUUAUAACGGCAGCUCAGCACUUUGCCAAAGCUUUCAAAGACCCCCAGGGUUCGCACAGAGACGAAAAGCUACGUUCAUAUUAUCGUGUUUUGAACGAUCUAGGGGAAACAUACUUGCGAGAAAACAAUUUAGAUGCAGCUGAGCGAGCGUUCAAAGAAGCAUUUCAAGGACUCGGAAGACUUUUACACGAGAUGCAUCCAGCAACCUUCACUGUUCGACUAAACAUGGGAAGAGUAUGUGCAAAGCGGUCCCUGUUCGCAUCGGCCCGCAACAUCUUCAAGUACGUGAUUGAGACAUACACGGGAUGGUGGGGCAGACGACAUCCAGAUACCAUGCGAGCAAUUGACGAACUCGCACAUGCAUAUAUGCAGCAUGGUAAAGCUCAACGUUCCAUGGGGGACGGAGGCGAGCGAGAGUUUGGUGUUGCGGCCGGUCUUUGGAAGGAAAUACUUCAAUAUUACCAUGAGACAUACGGCAGUUCUUCUGAACUUGCAAACUCGAUAAAAUCGAGGCUGCACGAGCUGCAGCUUCUUCAGGUUCCUAUUGAGGACGCAUACCAAGUUUAUUAUGCCAGCGGGGAAUUCAUCCCAUAG